AUGAAAAUCACCAGCAAGCGGGUCAACUCUCAUCGGAAGUCGAGCUUGAUGGACAAGCUCCGGAUGGAUUCUGACCCUACUAUGGUCGUGAGCACCCAGAUCACGGCGCCCAGAGUGGUUUGUGGGAGCGGCGAGAUGGCUUUAUCGCUCCGCGUGCAACUGAUCCCUCUCAUCGGCGGGAAACCAUACAGGCUCUCCCUGCCACUACUCGCCUUGGAGCGCGUCGACAGGUACCUGACCGACACAAUGUAUUUAUGUGCGCAACACAGCGCCGGUCAUCCGGGCUAUCGAGAACGAGUACGAGUUCUCCAACAGCGCGGAGGUCGGACAUUCUCAGGCCGUCAAUCAUGUCUUCAAGCCAAUGGCCGAUGGCAAGGCAUACGAGGACAGCCGAUGCCAGGUGAGAUUCGCUAUCCUUGCUUCAUGGACCCCGACCUUCAAGACGUGAAAUCUUCGGGGAAAGUGGGUGAUAUCGGCAGAGACGGUGUUCCGAUGUCUGGGCAGCAAUGGAAGGUGAAUUGCCGCGAUCCAUUGGUCUUCGUGUCGAAGCCUAGCCAUCUCGCCGCUGCGGAGGAUCCGGACUCGAUCGCUCUAGGCAGCUCGUUCCAGAUACCGAACAAUGGUCCAAAUGGAGUCGAGCCAGCUGGUAAGUAUGUUUCCACCAAUCCGAUCGUCCAGGGACCCCAGGGCUUUGUGUGGUGA